AUGACCUUCAUGACCAAUGCCUAUCGCUCACCCACGUUCUGUUCUUUAACAGCUGCAAGGCCCAGUAAUAAAACUGCCCUUUCCGCUUGGAACUCGCCAUCAAUCUGCAAUGUUCCUCAACAAUGGAGUGGGUUAUGGGUGGAUGAAUAUAUGCAGGGUGAACAGUUGCGGCGCACUUUAGCAGACUUGUGGUGGAAGCACUACAGUGAGCUCCUGUGCGCAGCGGAAGAGAGAGCAACGAAGAAACUGAAAGAGAAAGAGUUGGAACUUGGCAAUACGAUGCGUAGAAACGCAAAGUUGGAACAGCAGGUGGCGCAGUUUAGAAUGGAGGCGCAGGUUUGGAAGGCCCAGGUGGAGAAUCUGGAGGAAAAGACUUGGUCUCUGAGGGCGUCAUUGCACGAAGCAAAAUUGCGCGGUGGGAGCACGGAUGAAGUGAGAGAGCUAGGAUGCGCCGGUUGCAAAGAGGCGCAUCAAGAAGAGGCUGCCGAAUCGUCGUUUGUUGACCCGGACCGAGUCGACCCAGUGAGGCUCGAGUGCAAAGCAUGUGAGAAGAGAGUCGCGACGUUUAACAUGACCAUCAAGAGGGAUGAGCUUGAUGAGGCAUUGGCCAAAGCUUCAACACAAGACAAGACAGUGAUAAUCGCCAUUAUAAACAAAGCCUACGUCGAGGGAGACAAGUCAAUGCUCGAUCUAUUCUUGGAUGGUUUCUGGCUUGGCGACGAUACUCGGACCUUAACCGAUCACCUGUUGAUGGUUGCCGUCGAUCAAACAUCCUAUGAACGGUGCAAGUUUCUCCGGCUCCACUGCUACAAGCUUGAAACAGAUGGUGUAGAGUUUGGAGGCGAGAAACUGUACAUGUCUAGUGAUUUUCUCAAGAUGAUGUGGAGGAGAACCCUAUUUCUCGGUGAAGUGCUCAAACGUGGUUACAACUUCAUCUUUACGGACACUGAUGUACUGUGGCUAAGAGAUCCAUUCCCAAGGCUGAGCCUAAACGAAACCAUGGACCUCCAAAUCAGCACCGACGAGUUCUCUGGCGACCCAUGGUCGGAAUCAAACACCAUCAACACAGGCUUCUACAUGAUCAGAUCAAACAAGAAGACUAUAACCCUUUUUGAAAAAUUGUACGAGAAGAAAGACAACUCCACCGGAAUGAAAGAACAAGACGUUCUUCAGAGACUGAUUCACGAUGGUUUGUUCAGAGAAUUAGGCCUUAGGGUUAGGUUCUUGGACACCCUUUACUUCAGUGGAUUCUGUGAAAACAGUAGAGACGUUAGUGUUGUGAUAACUUUUCAUGCGAAUUGUUGUCGGAGUAUAACCGCAAAGGUGGCUGAUCUGACGGCUGCUAUUCAUGAUUGGAAGAGGUUUCGGAGCUUAUCUACCAAUGAGACGGCGAGGUUUCAUUGGUCAGAUCAUGUUGCCUGUGUUGACUCAUGGAAACAUUGA